AUGCAUUUAGAUAAUAUACCAAGAAACAAGUUGGUUGAAACUCUUUUGAUUGAUGAUAUCGAUGCAAAUGGUUAUUUGGUUAACAGUGUGGAUUUAGAAACUGAAUGUAACAGUCAAAAUGUGGAUGUGGAUUUAGGUACUGGUGAGUAUCUUGAUUCUUAUGAAGAUGGAAAUACAUUUAAUGAUGAUAAUAUUAUCGGGAGGGUGUUUAAUACCCAUGAAGAUGCAUAUACGUUUUAUAAUCAAUAUGCUUUUCUACAUGGAUUUGGUAUACGUAUCCAUUGGGACUAUAAAAAUAAAACAACAAAUGAGAAAUAUCGGAAGUUGUUUGUGUGCAACAAAGAAGGCUUCAAAAAGGUGAAGGAUCAUGGUUCUAGUGGGGAUUCUAAGAAAAGUCAAAGAGAAACAAGAACAGGUUGUGACGCUCGACUUCGCGUUUCAAAAACAAAAGACGGUAAAUGGCGUGUGGAUAAGUUUAUUGAUGCACACAAUCAUGAGUUAAGUACUACACCGCAAAAAGUAAUGAAACACCGUUCUCACAGUAAGUUUCACCGCUCCAUGGCUUGCAGAUCUCUUAUGUUGAACCUUGGUCAGUCGGGUUUGAGGCCCUCACAAAUCAAGAAAGCUGUAAAUGCAAUUAAGUCUCCAUUUGAAAUUGAAGUUACCUCUAAGCAAUGCGUUGAUGUUUUGUCUCAGCAACGAAAACAAUACAAAGGCAAAGAGUUUUAUGGGCUAAUAAAACAUCUUCAAGAUAAAUCAAAAAGAGAUUUGAACCAGUACUUUGAGAUUGACUUAUUUAGGUUGCCAUUUGCUCCAUUUGUCGGGGUGAAUCAUCAUGGUCAAUCUAUACUUUUUGGUGGUGCAUUGCUAGAAAACGAAAAGGAAGAGACUUUCCAAUGGCACGAGUUGGAACAUUUGAACCAAUUUGCAUCCCGCUUUAGUGAUUUCCAGGAGUCUUAUAAACGAUGGGUAAAGAGUGAUACAACCAAGGAAUUUGAAACCCAAUGGGAAGUCAUAAAUUCUAAGUAUAACUUAGAUAGUAGUAAUUGGAUGGUGGAGAUGUAUAAGCUACGAAACUUUUGGGUUGAAGCUUUCUUCAAAGAUAUUUUUUUGGCAGGCAUGACAACUAGCCAACGAAGUGAGAGCAUCCAUUCUUACUUUGAUGGAUAUGUUAAUUCAAAUACCAUGUUGAAUGAGUUUGUAAUCCAAUAUGAUAAAGCUGUUGAUGAUCGGAGGGUUGCCGAAGAAGAUGAAGACUUUCAGACUAUAAACACGUUGCCGGUUCUUUCGUCGGUUCAUCCAAUAGAAGCAAAAGCUGGUGAAGUUUAUACUAGAAAGAUUUUCGAGGUCUUCAAAAAGGAAUGGAUAGAAGCAACUAAUAAUUUAACUCAUGAGACUUUAAGUAAGAGUAUGGAAGAAAGUAGUUAUAAGGUUGGUCAACUGAAUGUUGAUAAAAAAUAUUGGAGAACUGUCAAGUUUUGCUUCUUGAAUAAGGUGGAUGCUAGGUGUUCAUGUGCUAUGUUUGAAACACAUGGGAUAUUAUGCAAGCAUAUCUUAUAUGUAAUGAAGAAGAAGAAUGUUGAGACCCUUCCUGAUCAUUACAUUCUGCCUAGGUGGACAAUUGCUUCCAGGUAUAGGGUUGGUAGUGUUAGUAUCGAAGACCCAAAUAGUGAAAAUGAAGUUAGUGCCUUAACUUUAUGGUGUGUUCAUAACAACUAUACAAAAGCCGUUGAUCAAACAAGAGACUCUCUGAAUGAAAUUAACAGGCUAAAUGCUUUCUUCUUGAAGUUUUUAGAAGAGCAAAUGAAGCGUAAAAAGCCAACUAUGCUUGAGAAUAAAAAUAAAGAUUCUAAUGGCGCCCAAAAAAGGCAACCAGAAUUAAGCCUUUUAAAGAAGUAA